CGCCUGUUUAUUGGGCGUGUUCUUAACACCCGGAUGUCUAGACGUAGAACAGCUGAUUGACUCUUGUUGGCCUGUAGAGGAUCAACUUGAUAACAAAAUGCCAAAAUUUUACACAAGGAAGGCUGGCGAUCAACAAAUGUUUCGCGCACUAAAAAUGAUUUAAUUGUACCUGUAAAAUUAGCGAUUCUUCAUCCAAAGGAACUGAUAAACGACAACAAAUAUGGAUUUAUUAUUGUGUAAUGCACUAUAGUGAAUCGCAUUGGAAAAGUUAAUAAAUAAUUACAAGUGUUCAGCGAUGUCCAACCGGUACACACCAACAAACGAUACGACGAACGCCGCACGAGUCAGUUUACUGAUCGGUGGCCCAUGCAGACAAUUAUUCCGAGAUAUUUUCCGUGAGGAAGUGUCGGACAUACAAUUUCCCGCUAAAUUAAAAGACAACGAAAUAAAGAAGAUACUCUACCACAAAUCAGGACUAAGCAAGUCCCAGAAGAUCAUUCUUUACCCACCAAACGGACGUUUCAAUGCCAGUUAUGAUAUCUUAGAUUUAUCAUUGUUGUAUUCAUUGAUAAGAAAUUUAUCUAAACACCAACCGCAUAAAAAGGGCUGGGGUGAAAUUCCUGAUCAUUCCGACCGGUCUGUCUCUGCAAAUAUUGAUAGAAUCAGAGAUAUUAGGAACAAGCAUUGCGGACAUGCCGUCGACUUCACCCUCUCCGAUACAGAAUUUAGCCAGAUCUGGGGGGAAUUGGCAGUUUGUAUCAAUGAACUAGAACAAACCAUUACUGGAGGAUGCACAACUUACACAGAGGCUGUGAAACAUCUGGAAACUGUGGAUAUGGACCCAACACGAAGUGCCGAAUACUUGCAAAAAAUCAAUAAACAGCAACAAACUAUUGAGGACUUAAAAGAUAUUGAUGCUACUGUAAGGGACCUAAUCAAUGAGCAGAAAACGAUGCAACUGAAGAUUGAGCGGGAGCAAUUUGAAUUAAAAUCAAAACAGAUAGAACACGACAGAAGAAUUGCACUGCUUGAGAUAAAUACUAGACAGGAGCGGGAAAUUGUUGAAGAAAGCACAAAAGCAAUUUUAAAGACACACAUAGAGUCUAAAGUGUACUUCAGGACGUCAUCUGUUCAAGCUGCUAUUGCCAAGUUAAAAGAGCACGGUAUGGUAAUUCUGAGUGGCAAGUGUGGUGAAGGCAAAUCAACGACAGCCUAUCAAGUUAUGCAUGAGAUUUCGAUAGAAACUGAGUCAUCUAGAAACCCCAUUAUCAUCACAGAACCUGGGCAGUGGUACAAAGUUAUAAAUCCACAGGAUUGUUUUGUCAUUUAUCUUGAAGACAUCGUCGGUUCCACAAAUCUUGAUGUUCGUACAGUAGAACAAUGGGGGAAAAAUCUCGACACAAUAUAUGCAUCAAUAAAAAAUGGCAAAGUUUUAGUCAUUAUUGGAAUUCGAGAUUCACUUCUUCCAGAAGCCAAAGAGAGAUUUAAGCAUAAACUCUUCCAGGAAGCAUUUGAAAUCAAUCUCUCCUCAGAAGAGUAUAGCCUGACAGAGAAUGAGAAACGAGAAAUGAUUAAAUGUUUUGAAAAGCAGAUGAUUGUCAAUCAAAGUUCGUGCAAAAGCCAUGUUCAGCAGGUUAAGGAAAAUGAAAGAUGUAAAUUAACUGACAAGGAAAUAACAAAAAUCAUCAAAACAGAUCCCUUUUAUGGAUUUCCGCUCACAUGUUGGCAGUUCUUCUCCAAUACUGAGUUCUUUCAACUUGGUUAUGAAUUUUUUAACCAUCCAGACAAAAAUCUAUUGAAAUCAAUAGAAAAAAAGCGAAAAUCUAAAACAUUUUCAGAACAAUUGUCUUAUGCUCUUCUUGCGUGCGUUCUAGUCAAAGGAAAACUAACACCUGAAAAAAAUGAACCUGAUGAAAUAUUGCGAAGAGUUUGCCACGAACUAGAAAUUGAUAUUGAUAAAAUCAAACCACUCAAAAUUGAAGACGCAUUGGAAGAAAUAAAGGAGUUGUUUUUGAAACAGACAUCUGUUGAAGGUGAAUAUACAUUUUCUCAUGAGGCAGUUCUUGAGGCUGUACUGGUUUCGUUUGGAAAAGUUGCACCUGAUCUUGUAAUUGAAUGUUGUGACAUGAGAAAACUACGCGAGCUUGUUCGAACACAAAGCAGCAACGCCUCAGAAAAUGUUUUGAAACUUUCGAAACAAAACUAUAUUCACCUGGCUAAGAGAUUGUUACGUGAUAAUGUUGUCGAUGGAAUCAACUGCAAUACCUGGGAUAUAGCAGAGGAUAUCAUUUGGCAUCCAGCUACUGACGACCCCGAAUUCGUUAAAGCAUUGCUCAGUUGUACUGAGUCUGCAAAACGUUUAGAAAUUUUUCCGCGAUUGUGGUACGUAAUACCGGGAUCAUUUUCUUCCGUCAUGCUGGACAAAUUGCUAGAACUUUAUGGUCCACACAAAAUACCCACAGAAGGCAGGGACUCAAGGAGUCAACAAUUUGAGUCGAACCCCUUUCAAAUCACUUCCUCAAAACUUAAGGCGUUUUUAGUUCAAUGUGUUAAUAACUUUGCCGGAAAAGAAAACACAUUGUGCUGUGUAGAGUAUAUAUCGAAGCAUAGCACUUUAUAUCCAUUAGUAAACGAAAAAUUCCAGUAUUCGCCACGUGACAUGACGCUCCUUCACUGUUGUAUCCUCCUUGGAUGGGAGGAAGUGGUGGAUAAGAUUUUGAAAAUACACCAACCCACGGAGACCGAAAAUAAAUGGACCUGCGCACACUUUGCGUCAUACAUUGGUAAUGUUUUAUUGCUGAAGAAGUUUGUUAAUCUUGGUGUGGAUGUAAUGGCAAGGACAGAGGAAAAUUAUUCUGUUUUACAAUGUGCUUUUAUCGGAAUGAGAUACGGAUCGGGCGAGGCAAAUUGGCCAUUGUAUUCAGCAUCGAAACAUGUUAGUUUUCAAAUGACAUUGCGUUUUCCAAAUGAAGCUGAAUAUUAUGAACUGUUGCAAUACUUACUUGAAUGCUGUCCUACUCUAUUUGAAGAGAACAUUAGAAGCAUUGUCGAUGAAUUCCAAAAUAAUAUUCUUCAUUUCCUAAUUGUACAAGACUAUGCUGAUAUUUUGGAAUUUUUGUGUCGCAACAAUACAGAGCUUGCUUUUCAUCGCAAUAUAAGUGGAUUACCAACGGUAGUGCAUUUAGCUGUAUACCUAGGUAGACCUCAGAUACUAAAGGCGAUGUGGUCGGACGGCGUGCGCCCAGACCAGACGGAUUUGUCGUUACAGGAUACAUUUGAUUUUGGAGAAAAACUUAAAAAUAAAACGCUGAAGUUUUCAAGGUUGUAUGGAAAUUCAAAGUGGUGUUGGAAUGAUAGAGGAAAUGAAAUUUGUGGGGUUAAGAUGACGAUUCUCGCAGAUGUUGAUGUAGUGUUUGGAACUGAAAGCCAUUACGACGAGAUGAAAGUCUUCCUUGGGAGUCAACAAAUUCUGAAAACAUAACUUAACCAUGUUUGCGUUGGAUACCAAUAUAUUGAUAUCAUAAAAAAACGUCUAUGCAUUUCUUGUUCUGUAGAAUAAACAAUUUAACUCAGGGUAAAGGAAUCAAACUAACGAAGCUUUAUAAAGAACAAAAGAUCAAAAGUCAUGACAAUCUCGUAUAAAAUUAUUUUAAAUAAUGAUCAAAAACUCUUUGGCAGAAAACAUAUAAUUCUAAAAUAACUGGUUUUCCUCCUGA